CGACUUUUUGUGAUUCUAACCCUGGUCAGCAAUGCAAUGAUGUUGAACCCGACUGCAACCAAGCGAAGUGCUACCAAAGAUGCGCCCGAGGACUGCAGGAGUUGUCUGGUCUGUUCUAGAGAGAAUGGCUGCGAGAGCUGCCCAGAUAAGCUGUUCCUGUUCCUCAACAGGGAGGACAUGAGGCAACACGGCUCCUGCUUACACUCCUGCCCGGCAGGGCACUACGGCCUCCGUGGUCAGGACAUGAACCGCUGCAUGAAAUGCAAAGCCUCCGACUGUGAGAGAUGCUUUAACAAAGAUUUCUGUACAAAAUGUAAAGGGGGCUUCCAGCUGUUUAAAGGCAAGUGCUUGACCAGCUGUCCAGAAGGCACAAUUCCACACUUAACAGAUUGCAUUGAGGGCUGUCAGCUGAGUCUGUGGGGAGAGUGGAGCCCCUGCGAGCGCAACGGGCUACGUUGCGGCUUCAGGUGGGGAAGGCAAAGCAGGAGCAGGGAGUCUCGCAGGGGCCCUGAGGGGGCAUCGCCCCACUGUCCCACUCAGCACGAGAGCAGGAAGUGCCGGAUGAAGAAGAAAUGCCCUGAAGAGAGAAGAAAGAAUGAGAGGAGGGGUGAGAGAAAGAGAGGGAGGAAACAGCAAAGGCUCCUUAACAAUGCAACUGCGACAGAACCACCAGGUGGAACCUAAAGAAGCGUCUCGACCCACCUCCGCCCUGCACAGGAGCGGGACACUUGAGGAAUUCU